AUGACUGAAUUGGAGAAGGCUGACCCGCCUGUGCUCCAGAAACGUCUACUUACUCCGUUCCUUCUGAAGAAGGUGCCGCCGGUGCCUCUAGAAGACGAACGUCCUUAUCAUCCUAAAUGGAGAAACCCAUUUAGUUUCCUCUUCUUCACCUGGUUGACCCCUGUAUUGCGUAGGGGCUACAAGCGUACAUUGCAACCUGAAGACAUGUUUAAACUUCACGACCAGAUGACGGCUGAGUAUCUUGCGGGCAAGUUCGAGCGGAUCUUCUACCGCCGCUUGGCUGCCGACAAAGAGAGGCAUUUGCUACAAAAAGCUGAGCUGAGAGGUGAAACUCUUGAAACCUCCUCGGUUGACUCUGACGACGACUUUGCCGACUACCAGCUACCCAAGUCGCUUUGUUUCCUCAGUUUGUAUGAGACUUUUGCAUGGCAGUACAGUUUGGCCUUGUUCUUUGGUGUGCUAGGCAUGUCUUGUUCAACGUGUAUUCCACUUUUGUCCAAAGAGUUGAUCAACUUUGUCCUGGCGAAGGCCUUUGGUAUGGACGUGAAUAUGGGCCGUGGUGUGGGCUAUGCCAUCGGUGUGUCCAUCUUGAUUUUCACCGGUGACAUUCUCAUCAACCAAGGUAUCUACCUCUCUAUGCUUACGGGUGCUCAAAUCAGAGCUAUUUUCACAAAGUUGUUGCUUGACAAGUCAUUUAAGCUUAAUACCAAGUCUAGGAAACAAUUUCCCGCCUCCAAGAUCACCUCCAUCAUGAGUACUGACGUCUCGCGUGUGGAUUUGGGUACUGGAUUUUCCAUCUACGGUUUCAUCUUCAUUUUCCCCGUGGGUAUCUCGAUUGGUAUUUUGGUUUAUAACAUUAGGGCCCCUGCUAUGGUCGGUGUGGGCCUUAUGAUUGCAUUUUUGUUCGUGGCUGGCUUCUUGAGUUUCUUGCUCUUUAGCUUCAGACAAACAGCUCAGAAAUCUACUGACGCUAGAGUCAGCUACAUGAAAGAGAUUUUGAACAAUUUGAAGAUGAUCAAAUUCUACUCCUGGGAGAUUCCUUACUUCAAGCUUAUCCUGAAAAUCAGAAGAAGAGAAAUGGCAUACCUUCUCAGAAUGGAGAUCACAAGAAUGAUUAUCAUCACCUUGGCUUCCUCCUUGACUUUGAUCAGCUCUCUUGCUUCUUUCCUUACCUUGUAUGGUAUUGCAUCUCCAAGUGCCAGAAACCCGGCUGACAUUUUCUCAUCCGUGGCACUUUUCAACAUGUUGGCUGGUCAGUUUGUGGUCCUCCCUCUUUCUCUUGCUGGAAGUACCGAUGCUUUCCUUGGUAUGAACAGAGUCGCUGCUGUUUUGGCUGCUGACGAGAUCGACCCUAACGACUCAGUACACAUGAUCACUGACAGCGAAAUCACUCUGAUGCAAGAGAAGAAGUUGGCCAUCUCGGUACGUGAUUGUGACUUCGAAUGGGAGGUUUUCAAUUUCAAGGAAGAGAAAUCUGAAGACCAAACAAAGGAUACUGAAGAAUUGAAGAAGGAAAAGAAAGAAUUGAAACAAAAGAAGAAGGAAGAGAAGAAAGCGAACAAGAAGUCAAAGGGCUCGAAAUCUCCAACUCCAGCCCUGGAGGAAAAAGAAGCUGAAGUUGCUUCAUUUAAGCUUCAUGAUAUCAAUCUUGAUGUCAGGGACGGCGAGUUCAUGGUCAUCACCGGUUCCAUUGGUUCUGGUAAAUCAUCCUUGCUUUAUGCAUUGGAUGGUACUAUGAAAAAGAAUGCUGGUAAAUUACUUCUUAACGGAUCGCUUUUGAUGUGCGGUGCACCAUGGAUCCAAAACAGUACAUUGAGGGAGAACAUUACAUUCGGUCUGCCUUAUGACGAGAAGUGGUACAACAAGGUCGUCAAUGCAUGCUCCUUGGAUAGUGAUUUUGACCUCCUCCCUGCUGGUGAUCGUACAGAGAUUGGUGAGCGUGGUAUCACACUUUCUGGCGGUCAAAAGGCUCGUGUUUGCUUGGCUAGAACCGUUUACGCGGACAGUUCAAUCAUUUUGCUUGACGAUGUUUUGAGUGCUGUUGAUGCCAAGGUAGGAAGACACAUCAUGAGCGAAUGUAUCUUGGGACUUUUGAAGGAUAAGACAGUCGUAUUGGCAACACAUCAGCUUUCUCUCAUCAGUGAAGCCGAAAGCGUGGUGUUCUUGAACGGAGAUGGAACAAUUUCUCGUGGAACUUUUGAUGAGCUUAAGCGUACCAACUCUGCUUUUGCCACACUUAUGGAGCAUAGUCAAAAUAACGAGGACACGGAGGAAGACCUGAAUGAGCAGGGUCCCACCAACGAGAAAGAACUUAUCAACAGACAGUUGACAAGACAAACUACCACGCAGGUAAGUGAGGAGACUGAUGAGAAGAACUUUACUGAGUCAGACGGUAGAUUGAUCAUGGAUGAAGAGCGCUCUGUCAAUGCUAUUGGCUGGGAUGUCUAUGGAAAGUACAUUUUGACCGGUGUCGAAGGUUUCAAAGCCAACUGGUUGAUUUAUGUUGUCUUUGCUAUUACUGUUCUCACCACUUUCCUUACGUUGUUCACCAAUAAUUGGUUGUCCUUUUGGAUUUCUAUGAAAUUCGAUCGUUCCGAUGGCUUCUACAUUGGUCUUUAUGCCAUGUUUACUGUUCUCGCAGUUCUUUUUAUGGUUUCGCAGUUCUGUGGUGUGAUUUUCAUCUUGAACAGAGCCUCUAGGAUCUUGAAUAUCAAGGCCAUAGAGCGUAUCCUUCAUGUGCCCAUGUCUUUCAUGGAUACCACCCCAAUGGGUAGAGUUAUCAAUCGUUUCACUAAAGAUACUGAUACAUUGGAUAACGAAAUUGGUGACAGAGUAUCCAUGGUUAAUUACUUCCUUUCGGACCUUAUUGGUAUCAUUAUCUUGUGUAUCAUCUACAUGCCAUGGUUCGCAAUUGCUGUUCCUUUCAUUAUCGGCUUAUUUAUUAUUGCAGCUACAUUCUACCAAGCAUCUGGUAGAGAAGUCAAACGUCUUGAAGCUAUCCAAAGAUCUCAUGUGUACAAUAACUUCAACGAGUCAUUGUCUGGUAUGCCAACCAUUAAAGGUUUUGGCCUGAUUGGUCGCUUCUUGCAAAAGAAUGUUUCCACAAUCAACAAGAUGAGUGAAGCUUACUUCAUUACUGUGGCGAACCAGAGAUGGCUUGACGUUCACUUAUCGAUGUUGGCUUCGCUGUUUGCAUUCUUGAUCUCCAUGCUUUGUGUUUUCCGUGUUUUUGACAUUGGGGCUUCCUCGGUCGGUUUAUUGUUGUCUUAUGUUCUUCAAAUCUCUUCGAUGAUCUCCAUGUUGGUUGUUGUGUUUACCCAAGUCGAACAGGACAUGAAUUCCGCAGAGAGAGUCAUUGAGUAUGUUUACAAGAUUCCACAAGAAAAUGCAUACCAGAUUUCAGAGACUAAGCCUUCACCCGAGUGGCCGCAAAAUGGUGAGAUUAGGUUCUUAAAUGUGGACUUUGCGUACAGAGAAGGUUUACCGCUUACGUUGAAGAACUUCAAUGCUGAUAUUCGUCCGCAUGAGAAGAUCGGUAUUUGUGGCCGUACUGGUGCUGGUAAGUCGUCCAUCAUGGUUGCUCUCUUCAGGAUAGCCGAGUUGACAUCCGGAACAAUUGAGAUUGACGGCGUUGAUGUCAGAACCCUUGGUUUGCAUGACUUGAGAUCCAAGUUGUCGAUCAUCCCACAAGAUCCUGUCUUGUUCAAGGGCACUAUCAGGAAGAACUUGGAUCCAUUCGGAACCAAAUCCGAUGACGAAUUAUGGGACACAUUGAGAAGGUCUGACAUUAUCUCGGCUGAUAAAUUGGAAGCUGUGAAAGCUCAAAAGGUCGGUGAUGAUGAUUACAACAAGUUCCAUUUGGACAGUGAAGUGGACGACGAAGGUGAAAACUUCUCCUUGGGUGAGAAGCAAUUGGUUGCAUUCGCCAGAGCCUUGGUAAGGAACAGUAAGAUCCUUGUUCUUGACGAAGCCACAUCCAGUGUCGAUUACGCUACCGACAGUAAGUUGCAGAAGGCCAUCGCCAGAGAAUUUGCCGACUGUACCAUUCUUUGCAUUGCUCAUCGUCUUAAGACAAUCUUGAACUACGACCGUGUGAUGGUGAUGGACCAAGGUGAAAUCAAGGAAUUCGACACCCCACGUAACCUCUUCAAUUCGAGGAACACGAUUUUCAGGCAAAUGUGCGACAAAGACCUGAGUUUCAUCGCUCAGGCGCCCAAUUUGGGAACUACAGUGACGUUAUGUCAGUUCAUCUUGGUUCUGGUGAUGAGCCUACCUAGCCAGCUUGAAGGAGGCCUUUACUUGAAGAAACCGAACAUUCCGAUCCUGAAGUUACUUUUCCUCGUUCUGCUUUACUUUGUCGUUUCAGUGCUUAACAAUCUGGCUUGGCGGUUUGGCAUCUCUGUGCCUCUUCACAUCGUCUUCAGAUCAAGCAGUACCGUGUGUUCCAUGAUCGUGGGAUACCUCGUGGGCGGGAAGAAGUACCUGAGACACCAAGUGUUUCUGUGUGUGUUGAUGACUAUUGGUACGUUUUUUGUGAUUUCACAGGGACCUCAGAAGGGUGAAACCGUCUCGUUCAACUACCUCUUUCUAUGCGGUGUAUUGGUGCUUUCUGUGGCUUCCUUUUUGGGUGCUUAUAUGGGCAUUUAUACGGAAAAUUUGUACACCCAGUAUGGAGCUCAUUGGAGGGAGACGUUGUUCUACACGCAUUUCAUGGCUUUACCGAUGUUUUUGGUGUUCAGUCCAGCUCUCCUCUCAGACCUUAGGGUGCUCAGCCAGUCGCAGCCGUUGUACUUAGGCGUACCCAAAGGUUUGGCGUAUUUGGCACUCAAUUCCGCUACACAGCUCCAUGCAUCCUGUGUCAGAGCUGAGCCCAAGCUCAAUUCGGUGCCGCCGAUCAAAACCAGGAACAUCGGCAUCAUUGCUCACAUCGACGCUGGAAAGACGACAACCACUGAAAGAAUGCUUUUCUAUAGUGGUAAGACGCUGAGGAUCGGAAAUGUGGAUGAGGGUGAUACCGUGACUGAUUAUUUACCGUCGGAAAGACAGAGAGGUAUCACUAUCCAGCUGGCAGCCAUCUCAAUUCCAUGGAACACUCACAAGAUCAAUAUCAUAGAUACUCCAGGACAUGCUGACUUCACGUUCGAAGUGACAAGAUCUCUUCGUGUAUUAGAUGGUGCUGUGACUAUCUUGGACGCUGUGGCUGGUGUGGAGGCACAGACCGAAAAGGUUUGGCACCAGGCUGCUUCUCUUAACAUUCCUCGCAUUGCAUACAUUAACAAGAUGGACCGCCCAGGCGCUGGAUUCAGUCGUACAGUGAAGGAGAUCAUCUCGAAGCUCCAAACUCGUGUGGUUUGCGUCAACUUGCCAUACUUCGAAAAUAUUGACUCCGAGCCUGUCUUCAAAGGCGUGGUGGAUGUGAUCCACAAGAAGUUACUUAUGUGGGAUACUGGCGCCGAACAAGAUGGUACGAAGAUCACUGUCAUUGACAUUAAUGAGGCUUCCACAGGCGAGCUCUACAAGAUGGUAGCCAGCAGUAGAGAGUCCAUGGUGGAGACCUUGGGUGAGUUUGACGAUAGUAUCAUCGAAUCUUUCUUUGAGCAUAAUGAAGAUUACAUGGCUAUCCCCGAUACUGUUUUGCAAAAGGCCAUCAAUAAGGCGACUAUUGCCAACAAAGUUACCCCAGUUUUCUGUGGUCUGAGCUUCAGGAAUAUUGGUGUACAACCUUUGAUGGAUGGUGUUGUGAGAUACUUGCCUUCUCCUUUACAGAUUAAUGUUCCAGAGAUAACCUCUUCGUCAAGUAAGAUUGCUAAGAAGAAAAAGAAGGUUCAGAAAGCAAAGACUGAUGAGGUGAUACCAAUGAAGAUGGAUCCCCACAAAGGCCUUGUUAUUAACAACAACAAUAACUUAACCGUUUCACUUGCAUUUAAGGUCAUUACUCAUCCUGUUCGUGGAGUCAUGACAUUCUUCCGUGUCUACAGUGGUCAACUUGUUGCUAAUUCCUCUGUCGUCAACACAAGAACUGGAAAGGUACUUCCAUUGAGAAAGAUUAUGCUCAUGCAUGGUGAUGUUCCCGAAGAAGUCAAAAGCAUUAUGUCAGGAAAUAUCGGUGUUGUCGCAGGUACUGGUGACGAUAUCAUUACCGGUGAUACCUUAGUGUCCCGUGGAGUUACAAAGAGCAAGAGUUUCUCUGACCUCGAGGCUAACUUGAAGCUUCAUCCAAUUGACAUUCCACCUCCGCUUUUCAACUCUUCCAUUGAACCAGCUACUGCUGGCGAUGCUCGUUAUUUGGAUGAAUGUAUCAAGAUUCUCUUGAGAGAGGAUCCUUCGUUGCAUGUUUCUGAAGAUGAGGAUUUGGGACAAAUCGUGCUCAGUGGUAUGGGUGAAUUGCAUCUUGAGAUUCUUCGUGAUAGGUUGGUGAAUGAUUUGAAGGCAAACGUCAGAUUGAGAGAUGUGGCUGUGUCUUUCAAGGAAACAGUAGCUCGUCCUGACGGCUCCAGUGUGACAUGCGAGCAUUUUGACAACCCAGAUAUCAAUGCCGAGGUUUCGUUUGACUCUUUUGAAGGCGAGGCUUCUGAAAGCGUUUUUGCAGAGGAAGAGGGCUCUAUUUUGUUGGAGCAUGAUAACAACAUUGUGAUCUUGGAGCCACUGGCCACGCCCGAAUACAUGUUGAAAGCAAUUGAUGAACGCAGAUGGAAACUUGAUUAUACCUUAGAAGAGCUCCAAGAGAGUUUGAUCCAGGGUUGUGUUACAGGACUUCAGUUGGCAGGCCCUCGGUUUGGGCUCCCUCUCCAUUCUUGUGUGCUCAGAAUCAAAAAGUGGAACUUCCCGCUCGACCUUAAGGGCCCUCAGCCUUCAUCACUUUUAGAUGUUGGUCGUCGUUCUGUCACCAAAGCUGUCAAAGAACUCAACGAUAAGUCCGAGAACCACUUCGGUGUCUUAGAACCUAUCAUGAACACUCAUGUGUACGUCGACUCUGGUCUGAUGGGAGAAGUGAUGCACGAUUUGAACAACAGAUGCCUGGCGACCGUUCUUGCUAUUGAAGACCUGGGUGAAAGCUUGGAUAAGCAAAACUGGGCUCGUGAAGAGGCCGAGAAAAUCUACUUACCACCUGACUACACAAUGAAGAGAACCCAAGACGACUUGACAGAAAGGAAGAUCAUCAUCGCAGAAACGCCAUUGAAAGAAAUGGUCGGGUACCUUCUGAAGCUUCGUUCUUUGACCCAAGGCCGUGGUGUAUUUGACAUGUCUUACAUUGGCAUGAGAAGAGUGCUGCAGCAAAGACUCGAAGCGAUCAAGAAACACGAAAUGUCUGACGUUCCUGAAGUUCAACCAUUGCUGGCAGGGUCAGCUGACCUUUCGGGAAACUCUCCUGUUGGUCUAGAAGACGCUGUUCCUGAUAAGAAUUCCAGAACAUCUUCCAGCUCCUCGUUCGUACCAGUGGAUAAUGUCCAAGAUGCGAUCCAAGUGAUUGACGAGAACAAAAUCUUCAACGAGGCCAUUUUAGACUAUAUCAGCAGCUCCCCUGACCGCCUGGGACUGGGUGACUACAGAAUUAUCUCUGUGUUUGGUUCUCAGUCUACGGGUAAAUCUACAUUGCUCAACCACCUUUUCAACACCAACUUUGAUGUGAUGGAUGAGGUUAACAGACAGCAAACCACCAAGGGUAUUUGGUUGGCACACAGUCCAGGUGUCACUCAUCUGGCUAAGACAUCUGCGCCUGACAAUGUGUUGGUGAUGGAUGUUGAGGGUACUGAUGGUAGGGAAAGAGGAGAGGACCAGGAUUUCGAGAGAAAGGCUGCUCUUUUCGCCAUGUCCACCAGUGAGGUUCUUAUUGUGAAUCUCUGGGAAACUCAGGUGGGUCUCUACCAGGGCGCCAACAUGGGUUUGCUCAAGACCGUGUUCGAGUUGCAGAAUAAUGACCAUAAGGUGCUUCUUUUGUUUGUUAUCAGAGAUCAUCUUGGUGUUACUCCUGUCGAGUCGCUUGCCAGAACGAUCGAGCAGGACUUGAUGAAGAUUUGGGAUAGUUUGAACAAGCCCGCAGAUGUUGCACACCUUCAGUUUUCCGAUUUCUUUGACUUGGCUUUCCAUACUCUUAGUCAUAAGGUUUUGCAGUAUGACAAGUUUAAGGACGAUAUCAAGCUUUUGGGAAACAGAUUUGUGGAUAAGAGCGAUUCGGGUUUCUUGUUCAAGCCAUUCUACCAUCACGACAUUCCUAUCGAGGGCUGGACUAUGUACGCUCAAAGCUGCUGGGAUCAAAUUGAUAACAACAAGGAUUUAGACCUUCCUACACAGCAAAUCUUGGUUGCCAAAUUCAAGUGUGACGAGAUUGCGACCCAAUGCCUCGAGGAUUUCGAAGAGAAGUUCCAGGCUUUCGAGGCUGAUGCUCGUGAGACUGUCGAUAACGGUACCUCAGUCAACUAUGAAGAUAUUGGAAAGGUCAUGGGUGACAUCAAUGAAGACAUAUUAGAGGAGUACGAUACACAAGCAUCGAAGUAUAACAGCCUGGUCUUCCAACAAAAGAGAGCGGCAUUGUCAAGCAAAGUUAGCGAACGUCUCGGUGGAGUGUUCACUAUCUACGCUGAUUACCUUAGCUCGACAACUAUUAAGGAUUUGACCUCUGCAUUGAAGAAGAAAUCAACGAAAUAUGGCUCCUUCCUGGAGAAGAUCGAGAAGCUCACCUCAUCGGCACUUGCAAGCUUUGCGGCAAGUCUUACGCUUCUAUCUCUUGGUGGCUCUUUACCGAUUGAGUCUAAAGUGAAGACGCUUCAGGAGAGUGUCAGCGGCAUUGUUACAAAACAACAGCUUGUUGAGUUGAAUAAUAUCAUUAGCAAGUCAUUGAAGAAGAUUAACAAUGGUUUAUCUACCACAAUUCUUGAUGAAACCGCAAAUCCUGACAAGGAGACUUGGAACCGUAUCCUUGACCGCUUCACUGAGUUGAAGAAUUCAUCAUUGAGCAAGUACCAGGCUGGAGAAGGUUAUGACUUUGCCUUAGGUACAGAGGACCUGGUCAAUGAAAGGGCUUUGUCUACAUUAGAGUUCAAGGCUUGGGAGCUUUUUGAUCAAUUGUUGCAUAAAUACAUCUCCAGGGAUAACUUGUUGAACAUCCUCAAGGAUAGGUUUGACGAUAAGUUCAGAUAUGACGAGAACGGAGUUCCUAAGUUGUAUCAGAACAAUAUUGAGUUGGAGAGCAGUUUUGGUGACUCCAAGGAGUACGCAUUGGAAGCACUUCCAAUUCUUUCCUUCGCCAGAUUGUCUAAUGGUGCUGAAGUAAAGCCCAAGUACGAUAUUCGCAGCAAAGCUUUGCAACACAGAUACUCUACAGUUAGUUUACUGGUGGAAGAUGAGGGAUAUGAAGAGGAUGACGAGGCUGACAGCGAUGCUGAAGACGACGAAAGCGGUCACAGCUUUGCGCAGAUUGUCACUGAGAAGGAGAAGAACGAGGUUUUGAACAAGUUCAGAAAAGAAACGGACGCCAAGUUCGUGGAGACCAAGCGUUCGUUAAUGCAGCUGGUGACACAGAUACCAUUGUGGAUUUACGCAGUGAUUGUGGUGCUUGGAUGGAACGAGUUCAUGGCGGUGCUCCGCAACCCAUUCUUCUUCACGCUUCUCAUCAUGUUUGGUGCUGGAGGUUACAUCUUGUGGCAGAUGAAUUUACUCGGACCAUCAAUGUUGGUUGCACAAAGAGCAUUCGAUGAGGCGGUUGCAGUGGGCAAGGAGAAGUUGCGGGAGAUAUUGAUUGACGAGCCAGGGCAACAUGGCCGCAACCUAAGCACCAUCAGUGGACAAAGCGCACGUCUGCUGGUGCAAUCAGUGGAGCAAACCGAGGAAGCUGUGCCGGUGAUUAAUGUGCAACACGAGGAAGAGAACGAAGAGAUUGCUUCAUACAAACACUCCGAAUCAGACCUUUCCUUGGGCCUGAGCCCCAACACUUCCCUUACUGACGAGUCCCGCCUGUGCAUGGCCAAAGCACUCUACGACUUUAGUAGAGGCGUUGACCUGGGCUCGUUAGGCGUCCAUGCCGAUGGCAUGGUACGUGCUUUUGACGAAGCCUUGGCUUAUAAAGAUGCCCUUACGAUGCUUCCGAACUACAGCAUUAACCCUACUGGUGAAGAGCAGGGCUGCUACCUUGUGAUUGACUUGGGUGGCUCUACUCUUCGUGUGGCCAUCGUGGAUGUCGCUCCUAACGAUGGUAUUGACGAUAGGUCCCACAGAAUCAGUAUUGUCACUUCCAAGAAGUGGAUCGUCGACAAUGGUGCAAAGACUAUCGACAAGAACUUCUUCAAGUGGAUUGGAUCCAAGAUCGCCGAGACUAUCGACAGCCAGAAUGUCAUGAAGCGUGAUCAGAUCAUCUACACUGGUAUCACCUGGUCCUUUGCCUUGGAGCUGACUUCUUUCAACAGAGCUAAUGUGUGCCAUGCUGGUAAGGGCUACUACGUUUGUGACGAAGUCAAGGGUCAUGACUUGAAGGGCUUGUUGGAACUGAGUCUUCUUGAGCAUUUCAACAUCCGCCUUGACGUCAAGUCCAUCUUGAAUGAUUCCCUUGCUGUUUACGCUGCUGGUUCUUUCAUUGAUAAGAAGACCAAGUUGGCUCUUGUUUUGGGUACCGGUCUUAACAUGUGCUGCUCCCUUAAUUCUUCCGACAAGAUCCUCGAGUCCAAGCACCUCGGUGGAGAGAAGAACAUCUUGUUCAACACCGAAUUGUCGCUCUUUGGCGAUAACAUCAUUGAUGACAUCUUUACGUCCUACGACACCCAAAUCGACCCUCGUUUCAAGCAUAAUUUGCAUUUCGCUCCUCACAUGGAAUUGGACCCUGAAACCAACACCAUUUUCCAGCCAACGGAGCUUUUGACCUCUGGUAGGUACUUGCCCGAGUUGGUAAGAUUAGCUCUUGUCGAGAGCAUUUCUAACGACGAGAUGUUUGCCAACCAGAAACAAAAUUUGCACCAGCUCACCAAGGCCUACGAAGGUUUCACUGGUGAGUUGAUGUGCCAUAUCUCUGAAGCCGACGAUAACAAUGAGAUUGCCCUGGCCCUUGCUAAGCACUACGGUUGGGAUCAGUCCAAGAUUUUGAUGAACGACGUUGUCAGCUUGAAGCUUCUUGUUGAUGCUGUUGUUCGCAGAGCCGCUUUCGUCGUGGCUACAUGCAUUGUCUCCCUUAUAAAAUUGUUGGUGGAGCACAACGGUAAGCUCGAGACUGACGUGGUGAAGAUCGGUUUUGUCGGUUCCGUGUUGGAGUACUUCAACAGGUACAGAGACUUGAUCAUGAACUACGCCAACGAGUGCCAGGAUAUGAUGGACAUGAACGUGAAGAUUCAGCUUCGUUCUGUUGAAGAGAGUUCCAUCGUUGGUGCUGCCAUUGGCGCUGCAUACCAUAGAGAUCACUAG